AUGGGAGGGAAGUCGCCGAAAGCAUGCGCAAAUGAUGCAGACAGAGUCUGCGCUGCGGAGUUUGCGCUCCGGGGUUUAGCCGCUUUCCCGCAGCCGACAGCAGUCGCCCUCGCUCUGAGUGUCUCCGAGCCUUCUGUCCCGGGCACUGCAGCGGAGAGUCAUCAGGAGUUGCAGUCUUUCAUUGCCACCAUUGAGGAACCAAGCCCCCACCACUCCCCUCCUGCUGAGGAGCACCACCCUCUGCGCAGUCCACGACAGAGUCUCUGGGGAGGAGGCUUGUUUCGGCCGUCUGCAUGGACUGGUCUUUCGACUGAAAGUCUUCUAAGCGAAGAGGCAAGCUUCACUGGCCACAACACUCCCCUGCAUUGUGGCUGGGCGAAUUUCCUCGGAGAAGUGUGCCCUCACUUCUUUAGAGGCGACGCCGUUAAGCAGAAACAAGCGAAGCUGCUCCUUAUCGAGGCUCUCGAUCACUUCGACAUGAUCAACGACCUAUUCUUCAUCUUGCGUGUGUCCUUGGUGCUGUGGCGUCGCGGCCCUUUCCACGAAAUGCGAAGCGCGCGGUUCGUGCUGCUCUGGCUUUGCUGCUUGAGGCUAUUUUCGCCGCUUGCCGUGUUUGGGGAGAUAAAGCGAUCGGGAGUUCACUGUCCGCAGGCCCUUUUCAUGUUCGAGCGCCUCACGUGGACCUUCCAGCUGCUGAUGCGGGUGGUGGAGGAUUUGCCGCAGCUUUUGAUGUCGCUCAUCUUCCUGAUAAACAACGGCAAAGAUGUCUAUGCAAUCGCCGUCAUCAGCUAUAGCUCCACCAUGUUUGUCGUUACCUCCAUUCGCAUGGGGAAGCGCUAUCCUCUCAAAGGAACUCUCUACCUCCUGUUCUCCUCGCAAGCUCCCAUCGAUGACCCCGUAGCUCAGGAAGCCGCGCCUACCACAACCGAAAUCACGCUUUUUAUGUCCUUCGGUACGGAUGUUCAGCAUGUGGAGUGCUGCCAACGCAAUCGGCAUGCGAUACGCCACAAGAAUUUGGAAGCCAUGCACGUCCAAAAAUAUGUGGUGGAGCUUAGCUCCAAGCCUUAA